AUGAGGGCACGGAUAGUUUAUCCAUGUUUUUACAGACUUGUUAAUUUGAAAACUCCUAUCAUAUAUCUUUACGUAAUGGAUUUGAUGUUUAUUAUGAUAUAAAGUAUAUUUAUUGGGUUUGCGAGGUUGAGCAAGGCCAUGCUAAAUGUAUUUUUUUUAUUAAUUUCCGUCUCUUUUCUGUAUGAAUUGAUUUUAAAAAGAUUGAAUAUUUAUCAAUUUACUAAUAAAACGUAUCGGAGGGCUUCCGCCUUCUUCUUCAGUUCAGUAUGUUAAAAGUAAGAGUAGAGUAAAAUAAAAAUACUGUUCUUUUCUAUUUACAACUCUGUCUAAACGUUUGUUUUUCUUUGAUUUUCCAAUAGUGGAACGGAAGGGCAAGACCAAGGGGGAACAAACUGAUUUCGGGAGUCUAAAUCAAUUUGAAAUCACUUAAAAUCACUCGAAAUCAUCUGAAAUCAUCUGAAAUCAUCACUUGCUGUUUAUGAGCAUGGUUUUCUACGGUAUUUAAAAAGCUGAAAAACAAUAAGGAAAACACUCUUCUGUUAUGCUUUUUGUUUGAUACUAUUAAAAAAUAGCUUUUUACAUUAGUAACUACUAAGCAAUAAUACUGCACAAACUAAAUAUUGUAACGUAUAUAUUGGUAUUCGCUCAUUUUUCAGGAAGUUACAAAAACGUCAUAACAAGAAAACAUGAUAAACAUAAUAAAUAUCUUUUAGAUAUCGUUUAACCUAGGUAUCUAGGGUUUUACCCAUUUUUUAAAUUGAACGCGUUAUUAGCCUAGCUAAAUAACCAACAUAUACACGUGCUUCUCCUAUGUUCAUUUUUUUCUUCGUCAUCUUUGGAAGAUAUUGUGCCCUUUUCUAUUGAUUUUGUUCGCAUCUUUCUUUCUUAUUCUUCUUUUGUUCAAAAUGAAUUCUAAUGUACCAUCGGAUGUUAUGGAAUUGGAAGGAGAUACGUUUUUUGACUUCGCUAAAUAAUAUUCAGAUGAAAAAGUGGCAAACUUGUUGGAAUUUCAAGAUAUUACUAAUGUUAAUUGUUUACUUGCUUGCAAAGAUCCUCUUGAAAUAUUAUUGCUCGAUUCGGAUGAUUUACUUGACUUAAAGAAAGCAGUAUGUUUGAAAUUGAAUAAUAAUUCAUUUACUGUUUUACCCGGUGUAAAAAGUAAAUUAAAUGUUUUGAAGUGUGCUUUGACUAAGAAGCGUAAUGAAUUAAAAAGAGAAUCAUCGAAUAUAUCUUCUAACAGUUUAAUUACAAACAUUUUAUCUGAUAAUAACUUAAUUAGUAAUAAUUUGAACCAUUCUGCAGAUAUAUUAGCUGCAACAGCAACAAAUACAUUUACAUCAUCGAUUAACAAUUAUGUUACUGCUCAAGAAACCAUAAAACGUUAUUUAAUUGAUUCAAUUGAUGACUGGUGUAAAAAAAAUGAGAACAACUGA